AUGGACCCAGAUACUCCAGAAAGCACAUAUGAAAAUUCAGAUAAGGCGCAAGUUCAGGUGCCAGAAUCUUCGCCCAUAGAAUCAAAACAAGACUCUUCGCCAUUGAAAGCGUACACUCCUCCAGCGAAACGCGACAAACCAUUUGUUGCCCUAUUGCACGACAAAUUUACGUAUAAGCCAAAUAUAAGCAAUGGUCACGUUGAGGUGUCGGGAAAUGUAACUGGUACUUCCACAGGUGUUGAUACACACUUAAAUGAAAUUCGCCAGCAUUAUCCAGACUUUUCGGAUACAUUGAUUAGAGCGGUCUUCAAGUCAAACUCUUUCAGCAUCCCACUAACAAUUGAUAGAUUAAAUGAGCUAAGAGAGAAGAAGAUGGCGAAAUCUUGGGCAAUGCCAUCUAAGAAGAUAGGUUCUAGCACUUCAAGGUUACCGUCUCUAAAGCGGCCCAGUAGUUCUGGUUCUAUGACAGGAGGAUUUGAUGCGAUGUCCUCGGCAAGUGCUAUGAAGCAGCAUGUAAUUGUUGCAUCGCCUGAAAGGUCAUCGAAGAUAACCCUUGAAAAGCAGAAGAAAUCUAUCUUUGAUCGUUAUUCUCAUGUGAUGCAUCGUGGGAAAUUAGAUCCUAAUGAACCUUUGCAAAUCAAGACUAUUCCAUGGCAAGCUGAUGCAGCUGCAGUUAAAAAACGCAAAUUAGUGAGAGCGGAUAACAUUGUAACGAACCCCAAAAAGGUGAAAAAGGAUAAAAUCUCGUUGAGUGAUGAAGAUGAGGAUGAAAUAAGUGCUGAUGAGGGAAGUGCUGAUGAAUUCAGUGGCGAUGAUUACGAAGAACGAACCCCAGAAGUCAACAUCGAUGACCAAAUCUUGAUUUUCUUGAAUGAGGCUGAUUCUAGUGAUAUUGCAGAUUUAGCAGAUACUUCGAUUGAGAAGGCCCAAAUUGUGGUGACCAAGAGGCCGUUUAAGUCCCUGAAUAGCUUUAGUAUGAUGGACUUUGCAAAAAAUGAUAAAGCCGCGCAGGUAGAUAACAAGAAAACAACUAGAAGACGUGGACCUAUGAAAAAAGAUGGGGCUAAGAUGUUGGAAAAAAUCACACAGUCUAUGAAAGGUUAUAAUGCUAUUGAGUCGUUGAUCAAGAAGUGCUCCUCUUAUGGGGUUUUGAUAGCGAACCAAAUAAGACGAUGGGGGGUAAAAGUAGAGGAGAACGGCAGUGGUGAGUUGACGUUUGUGGAUUUGAAAAUAUCUGGUGAGAAAAGUUCCAAUUCAGAUGGUGAAAAUGGCUAUGAUAAACUUUCCAUUCAAGGUAGGAGGGAGCCAACUGAAGUUUCAAGUGGUAAGAGCAAGCGUAAGAGACAACAAGAGGAUGGCAUUAGCAUAGGGUCCAUAAAAGAGCGGCAGCAGGAGGAACAGGAGGAGGAUGAGGAUGAGGAGGAAGAGGAGGAAUAUGAGGAUGAUGAAGAGUUUGAGGAUGUUUAUGAGGAUAGUGGGGAUGAAGAGUUUGUUGCGAUCCAACGUAAAAAUAACAGUGGGCGUAACCGAGGUAGACCAGAAAAAAAGGAUGUAAGCUUUUUCAGAAGGAAGCCAAAACUAUUAGGUUCAGAUGUUAUACUUAAGGAUUACCAACAAACGGGUAUCAAUUGGUUGAAUUUGUUGUAUCAGAACAAUUUGUCAUGCAUCUUGGCUGAUGAGAUGGGUCUUGGUAAGACAUGCCAAGUGAUUUCCUUCCUCGCCUAUUUGAAGGAACUAAAUGAGCGCGGUCCCCAUUUGAUUGUAGUUCCAUCUUCUACCCUUGAGAAUUGGCUACGCGAGUUUAACAAGUUUUGUCCGCAGAUGAAAAUCGAACCUUACUAUGGCUCCCAGCAAGAACGGGCAGAGUUGCGUGAGAUUUUGGAGGAAAACGACGGUCAGUACGAUGUCAUUGUUACCACAUACAAUCUAGCAUCCGGAAACAAGGCGGACGUCUCUUUUCUCAAGAAUCGGAACUUCAAUGUGGUAGUCUACGACGAAGGGCAUAUGCUCAAGAACUCUACGUCAGAGCGAUUCACCAAGCUUAUGAAGAUACGUGCCAACUUCCGUUUGUUGCUAACGGGCACGCCACUUCAGAAUAAUCUUCGUGAGUUAAUGUCCCUGCUGGAAUUCAUAAUGCCAUCUCUGUUUGUAUCCAAGAAAGAAGAACUUGCCGCGGUGUUCAAGCAGCGUGCCAAAACGUCCGACUCCAACAAGGAUUACAACCCACUAUUGGCGCAGGAGGCCAUUGACCGUGCCAAAACCAUGAUGAAGCCUUUCAUACUGCGCAGACGCAAAGACCAGGUUCUCAAGCACCUGCCUGCAAAAAUCAACCGCAUUAACUACUGCGACAUGAAUGCCGUCCAAAAGUUCAUCUACAACAAGGAAAUCCGCCUUGUGAUGGAGCAUAAGCGCAUGCUGAAGGAAGGAUUGCUUCCCGCGGACGCCAAGGAGCGUGCCGUGGUCACCCACUCCACGUCCAAGAACCUCAUCAUGGCGCUGCGCAAGGCAUCGCUCCACCCGCUGCUCUUCCGCCACAUCUACAACGACAAAAUGAUUCACGACAUGAGCGACCGAAUUCUCGACGAGCCCGAAUACGCAGAAACUGGCAACAGAGAGUACAUCCGAGAAGACAUGAGCUACAUGAGCGACUUCGAACUGCACAAGCUGUGUUGCAAGUUCCCCAACACCCUCGCCGACUACCAACUGAAAAACAAUGAAUGGAUGUCCUCUGGCAAAGUCGAAACGCUUUCCGUCCUACUCCGUGACAUAAUCGACCGCAAACGGGAAAAAGUCCUGGUAUUUUCACUCUUUACACAGGUCCUAGAUAUCCUCGAAUUAGUCCUCUCCACUCUAAACAUCAAAUUCCUACGCCUCGACGGCUCCACCCAGGUCAACGACAGACAGGCCAUCAUAGACAAAUUCCACGAAGACCCCGACAUCUCAGUGUUCAUCCUAUCCACAAAAGCCGGCGGCUUUGGAAUUAACCUGGUCUGCGCCAAUAACGUCAUAAUUUUCGACCAGAGCUUCAACCCGCACGACGACAGCCAAGCCGCCGACAGGGCACACAGGGUCGGCCAGACAAAGGACGUCGUGAUCACCACCCUGAUAGCCCGCAAUUCCAUCGAGGAAAAAAUCCUGCAGCUGGCAAAGAACAAGCUUGCACUGGACACCUCCAUAAGCGCCGAAGACUCCAAGAACAAGGACGAUGAUCUGGAGACCAGGGUCUCCGAUCUGCUUGAGGAUAUCAUAUACGACGAGCACACUAAGUAG